AAUGUGGCAUUUUUAGACAGCAUCAUGGGACGUCCAUUCAUCCUCCUGGUCCAGCUGUGAGAGAGGCAGACCAGUUUUAAGGGAGGGAGAGAGGGAGGAAGUCGUAUCCAGAGUGAAGGGAGCGUGAGGGUGAAUGAAGACUAGAGACAGGGAGAAGAAUGUCGCUGGUGGGAAACAUGAGCUGAAUGUUGGAAUCGUGUGGUUCAAGACUGUCAGACCUGGAUGUACAUGUGGUCCACACCAGCGGUUUGGAUGCUGCAGCUGCAACGGAUACUUUAAUUUACACAGCUCAGACUGUACAAUGGGUGAUGGUGUGGAGGAAUCAUGGAGGUCGCUGGGAGCAUCUACUCCUCUGUCAACAGGCUAAAACAAGAAAGGAGAAGAAAACAAGGACGAAACAAGGCCUCAACGCAGCCUUUGACCCCUUUAGAAAACCUGCCCGAUCAGAGGGACGAACCACCCACAAUGGCUUACCGAAGACAAGCCUGUGAUCCAAACAGGAGCGAUGGCUCUCUGAUGGUAGGAACCAAGCUGUCCUUGUCAAACGGAGGCAACAUUAAGAACAAGAUUUCCCUCUGGGAGAACAAAGAGUCUACGUCAAGUAGUUUGAGCCAGUGUACCAGCAUUAAGAAGACUGAAUCCUUGACUACCAGCAGCAUCAAAACAUUAGACAAGCAGAGCAACGACAGUUGCAGGAAAGCCUUUAAGGACAAACAGGAUAUUGGAAAGGAAAACCUGGGAAAACCCAGAGAACUGAGGCCUUGCUCACCUGCAGAAACCGGGAAACAACCUCAAGGGGUUAAUAGCAGUGCUGGUGACAACCAAAUGAAGGACGAGAGAAAUGUGAAUCACGGAGAAAAGCUUAAGGAAGAUGCAAGGCCUUGUUCUCCUUCAGCGACUGAGAAACCGCAGGCAGGGAGGAAAGGGAAAGACAAGAGAGCAGCGGAGCAAACAAGUGAGGAGAAGAAAGCUGUGUUCACCCUCUUUAAGAAGCUGGAAACUUUAGGAGAGAACCACGGGAAAGCUCCUCCAGAGCUUGGGAACUACUUCAGCCCAUCAAGCAAGGACAAAAAAGUGGAGAUGAAGAAAAACAAAUCCGAAAGCUCAACUCUGAGUGGAUCUUCUGGAGAAAAGGAGCAUCAGGAGAACGUAUACACAGAGCCGGGAGCACCACCAAUUAAUCCGGUCCCCAAACCUCAACGCACCUUCCAGCAUCCACCUGCUGGCGUCAUGGGAAAGAGUCAUGGAGAGGGAAGAGGCCAGAGGAAUCUCCCCCCGCUGCCAUCCAUCUCAUCAAAUACGUCCUCAAAGCCCCCAUCUGGUUUCUACGGGAGACCCAGAGCUGAGAGAGUGCUGGACAGCAACAGAAGGUUGUUUGACUUUGAAGACCUGGGGGGGUCAACCAGCUCUCUCUUCACCUGCUCUCUCUCUCAGGAACAUCACUAUGAAGACAUCGUGGACUUGUCCAAUGAGAACCCAUAUGAGGACAUAGAGCUGGACAGUCAGUGCUCACAGCAGUCGUUACCCUCAUCUCCUGGUGCAGACAUCUCCAAGGCAUCAAGACCUGGUUUCUUCAGACAGAAUUCAGCCAGAAGCUUCAAGUUCCUGGACUCGAAGAGAACCAACCAGCAGAACCAAAGAGCUGGAGCGCUUUCAUCUCCACCUCAGCUCAGUCCUCCAUCUACCCCCACAGGGCCUGAACACAACCAGUGGAUGCCCGGAGAUCCCUACAGCCGCACCUGCCGCAGGAUACCAACAGUUGUACUGAAGAUCAACAGCAUUUUUGAGGCUCGGACCAGGAAGAAACAUUUGAGAAGAAGUUAUUAUGCAGACACGAGUUCAGGAAGAGUAACAGAUGAUUACAGCGACUCUGAAAGUGAAGCUGAAGACAGAUUCAGAGCCCGUUCCUUACCACGACAGCUGAAUAAGGUGAACUACAACUGCUCAAAGCCAAGGAACUGCCAUCUGAAGAAGGAUCUCCAUCAGCGCAAGCUUUUGGAAUACUUCCUGGUUGUGUCUCUGCAAAAAUCAAAAACAGGUGGCCACUAUCUGCCUGAGGUCACACAGCAAUUCCCCCCAAAAUUGGAGCGAAGCUUCAAGUUUAUGAGGGAGACAGAAGAUCAGCUUAAGAUCAUUCCUCAGUUCUGCUUCCCUGAUGUGAAAAACUGGGAGCCUGUGGAGAGCUACCCAAGUGAGAUGUUCUCCUUUGUUUUGACGGGAGAGGAUGGUAGUCGAAGGUUUGGAUACUGCCGACGCUUACUGCCCAGUGGAAAAGGCCAGCGUCUACCUGAAGUCUACUGUAUUGUUAGUCACCUUGGCUGUUUCAAUUUGUUCUCAAAGGUGUUGGAUGAGGUAGAAAGGCGGCGGGCUUUGUCUCCUGCCCUGGUGCAGCCAUUUAUGAGAGCCAUCAUGGAAGCCCAGUUUCCAGCUCCUGGCAGAACCAUCAGCAUCAAAACCUUUCUCCCUGGCUCUGGCACUGAGGUGAUGGAGCUGUGUCGCCCCCCCGACUCUCAUCUGGAACACGUGGACUUUGAAUGCCUGUUCUCCUGUUUGGGUCUGCGAUUGCUCCUUAGGGUGUUUGGCUCGCUACUGCAGGAAAGACGGGUCAUCUUCACUGCUGACAAGCUAAGCACUCUCUCCCAGUGCUGUCAUGCUGUUGUGGCGUUGCUUUACCCGUUCGUAUGGCAACACACUUACAUCCCCGUGCUUCCUUCUGCUAUGCUCGACAUUGUCUGCACCCCUACCCCUUUCAUCGUCGGCAUGUUGUCCAGCUCCCUGCCCCAGCUUAGUGAGCUACCCUUAGAGGAGGUUCUCAUUGUGGAUCUUGAGAAUAAUCGAUUUCUAAGACAGCUGGAUGACGAGGACUCAAUCCUUCCCUUUAAGCUUCAGUCAGCCUUGGAGAACAUUCUGGAAAGGAGAAGAGAACUUGCUAAUGAGCGAGGCGCAGAUACAAGCAACUCCGGUCAACUUAGCACCGUGGUGUCUGAGUGCUUCGUCCGCUUCUUUGUAGAGCUAGUAGGACACUAUCCACUCUUCAUCACCGGUGAACGGGAGGAUGGCUACUCCUCCUCAUCCUCCUCCCCUGCUUCUUGCUCGUUCCAGCGUGACGGUUUUCGGAAAGCGAUCCCAUCCAAGGCCAUGCGUCGCUUCUUGGAGGUCUUCAUGGAGACUCAGAUGUUUGGUUGGUUUAUCCAGGAGAGGGAGCUCCACAGACAGGCUCUAAGAGGCCUCUUUGAAGUAAGAGUCCAGGAGUAUUUGGACUCUAUCUGUGAAAAUGAACAUCGGAGGGUAAACAGGUUUCUUAAAGGCUUGGGAAACAAAAUGAAAUUUCUUUCCAAGAAAUAAUGGAAAGGCAGAAUAUAAGGAAAGCACUCCGACAAAGUGGAGCUUGAUCGCCUGCUGAUUGAACAAACAAAUUAAUGGUGUUUUCAACAUGCCCUGCUUCCUCAGUCUUGCCAGUAAAGGAUGCUGGGAAUGCCCCCAAGACCAUUAUGGGGGCUGUGGUAUUGCUGACUCAUGAUGAGGAUGCUGCUGGAUGCCAUAAAGAUGAAGAAAGUUUGGGAAUAUGGACAUGCAUACACUUCAGUUCCUCAUCUGUGGAUUUCUCAAGUAAAUUCUUGCUGUUUUGCAUUAGGUUGGUAAACUGAAGGACUCACAGGCUUAAAUGUUCAUAGUGGUGGUGUGUUGUAGUUCCAGCAGGGGGCAGUAGCAUAUUUUCUCUGACAAGAUGAUCUUGAUAAUGGUGUCUGCCCCCAAAACCGUUACACAAAUUGUCUUUGUGCUUUAGUGUUCUUUUAUUCAUAGCAAUGACCACAACAGCUCUGCAAAGACUAGUUUUGAUGUGGUGACCUGUUGUCUUGAUGUUGUAGUGUAUGUUUUCUUGGUCAUAAAUUCCCAUGUGCCAUAAAAGCACUUCAUUACACGAUUUUAGAAGUCUUUGGUUUCAACCUUCUGUUUGGACUCUUAGGAUGAUUAAAUGACUUUGUGGGAAAUAAAAGUUAUAUCCAGCCUCUCUAAA